GAUCUGAGGCGAGGAACUACCGCCGCCGCCCAACCAACACCGCCGCAGCUGCUGCUUGCCGAGAGGAGAGAAGAGGAAAAUGCAAAAUGGCCCAGCAGAAGCUGCAGCAGCAGCGGGAUUAUGAGGAGGGGCUGCCCGGCGCACCCCCCCCGAGGCCCUGACGCGCGGAGACAACGCUAAGCGCUGAGUCCCUCCUUUCCCGCCGCCAGCCCAGACGUGCGCCCGCUUCCUUCACUCCCCGAAGGGCCAUCCAGGCAUGGGGCUCUGCUACAGCCUACGCCCGCGGCUCUUUGGUGAACCCGGCGCAGCAGUAGGAGACGGCGGCGGCGGGUCCAUCUCCAGCACUGCCGCCACGACCACCUCGGAGACAGAACAACAACCAUCGCCACCGCCCACGGCGGAACCCUCGGUCCGGGCGGCAGUGCCGCCGCUUCUGCUGCCCGGAGUCCAGGCCGGGAGAGGAAGAGGCAGAAGCUCCGGGAAAGGAAGCGGCAGCAACAGCAUCAGCGGCGAGAGCGAAGGAGCUGGCGGAAAGCUCCGCGUGGGGGUGGCGGAUGGGUCGCUGCUGCUCCUGCAGAACGGAGAGGGGAACGGGGAGGCUCCCCGGGAGAAAGAAAGGGAAUCGCCGCAGGGGCCGCCGGAAUCUCAGGCCAAACCCGCUGCUGGCAAACAGCAGCCUCUGGCGCUGCAAAGACCCUGGGAGAAGGGGCGCUUGGAGGAGCGGGAGGCGGAGAAAGAAGCCAGGCGAGUCAGCAAGAGCAUUGACCGGGCGCUCAAGGAGCAGAAGCGGGAAUACAAGCAAACGCACCGCCUGCUGCUGUUGGGGGCUGGUGAAUCAGGAAAAAGCACUAUUGUCAAGCAGAUGAGGAUCUUGCAUGUAAAUGGAUUUAAUUCAGAAGAAAAGAAACAAAAAAUCCUGGAUAUUCGGAAAAAUGUAAAAGAUGCAAUUGUGACUAUAGUUUCAGCAAUGAGCACUUUAAUACCUCCAGUUCCAUUAGCUAACCAAGAAAACCAAUUUCGAGCGGAUUACAUCAAAAGCAUAGCUCCACUUUCUGACUUUGACUACACCCAGGAAUUCUUUGAACAUGCAAAAAAGCUCUGGGAUGAUGAAGGAGUAAAGGCGUGCUUUGAGAGGUCAAAUGAAUAUCAGCUUAUUGACUGUGCACAAUACUUCCUAGAAAGAAUAGACAGUGUCAGUUUGCCUGAUUACACACCCACAGAUCAGGAUCUCUUAAGAUGCAGGGUUUUGACUUCUGGGAUUUUUGAGACAAGAUUCCAAGUAGACAAAGUAAACUUUCACAUGUUUGAUGUAGGUGGUCAGAGAGAUGAAAGAAGAAAAUGGAUCCAAUGCUUUAAUGAUGUCACAGCUAUUAUCUUCGUUGUGGCCUGUAGCAGCUACAAUAUGGUCAUAAGAGAAGACAACAACACAAACAGAUUACGCGAGUCCUUAGAUCUCUUCAAAAGCAUCUGGAACAAUAGGUGGUUACGGACAAUUUCUAUCAUUUUGUUCUUGAACAAACAAGACAUGCUUGCUGAAAAGGUCUUGGCAGGGAAGUCUAAAAUUGAAGAUUAUUUUCCUGAAUUUACACGUUACACUGUACCUGAAGAUGCGACACCAGAUGCAGGAGAAGAUCCCAAAGUUACAAGAGCAAAGUUUUUUAUCCGGGAUGAAUUUUUACGAAUAAGUACAGCAACCGGAGAUGGAAAACAUUAUUGCUAUCCACAUUUCACGUGUGCCGUCGACACAGAAAACAUCCGGAGAGUGUUCAAUGAUUGUAGAGACAUCAUUCAGAGAAUGCAUCUUCGCCAGUAUGAACUCUUGUAAUUAAGGACACCAUGGAGUCUGUGGUUUUAAGCAUCUUUCUUUCUUGGCUUCCUCAGAUGAAGUAGAGGAAGAGAUACUAGAUCCAUCUGCCUCCUCAGUUCAUUUUCUUUUAUUAGCCUUUCUAGCCAGCCCAUGCUUUAGGGACAAUAUGUGUGCUUUAUUUUUAUAUGCCACUUCUUUGUCAUUCCACUGAAGUCUUUGGCUACCUCUGUUUCUUUUGGUUUGGUUGUAAAUUUUUGUUUAUGUUUAAUUAAUUGGACAUAGUCUGCUAAUUUUUUUUCAGCAGACUUGUUAGUUCAAGCUGGUAUCUGCUUGUUGGGUGACACCAUGUCACACCUAGAAUGUGUGUGGAGGGCUCCUUAUGUACCAUAACACUGAAGAGUACUUGAUAGACAGGAAGACAAGGAAUAAUGCACUUUGCUUCAGAGUUACGAAAUACUGUUGAGGAUGUAUACAUGCAUGAUGUAGCAGCACCAUGGUAUUUAUUACACUGAGUUUUUAAUGAACUGAGUUGCAGGUCAACUGAUGAAGUGACCUCCUCUUCUAAGCCAUUGCUGGCCCAGAAAUAGAGUAGGUAAGCAAUUUUUGGAGGUUUGGAGCUAAGAGUCUCUUUACACCUCAGGCUUUUGAAUUUAGAGCUACUUUUUCAGCCUAUUGCAUUUAGGCAGAAAAUUCACCCUCACAUACCAUACUUCUUCAGUCCACAAAUGAUUCAAUUAAUUUAGAUCAUUUUUGGACAUCAGUCUUCUCCUAUAUAAAUAUAAAUAUAAAUAUAUAUAUAUAUAUAUAUAUAAUAUAUAAUAUAUAUAUUUUUUGUUUUACUGCUGGUUUAUUAUAUUGUACAGACUGUAAAGUGUAAUAUUAUUUUGUACAAUUUUAUUGAAAAAAUACUUGUAGAAGAUCUUUGUGCCUUGAUUAUGGCUGUACCUGUAAAAUGAGCUAAGAUGUAAGUAUGUUUUUGAUUGCGCUGUACAGCUUGAUGUCAACUCUACCUACAGCAGUGACUGGAGGUUUAAAAAAAAACUCUGUAGAGUUUAGGGUUUUUUUCUGAUUUAUAUAAAAAUGUUCUUUAGUAUAAAAAUUAUAAAUUAUGCAAAUUUUAGUCAUAUUAACUUUCCAAGUAAGUAAUUGCUGCUGCUGUGGCAGCAAUAGCCUUUCAGACUCAGCUUUAAAACACUGAAAUUGAUUUGCGUCCAAAUUACAACCUGGUGUUAGUUUCAUGGGAAUACCUUGUUUUACCUUUAAAAACUAUGUUCAGUAAUUCUUUGGUCAUUCAUAAACCUUUCACAAUUGUGGAUUGUGAAUGUGUAAAGACACCAUUAGAUAAGGUUUUUUUUUUCCAAUCUUUGUUGCAACAGCUGCUUUUAUUGUGCAAAUUGCAAGAAAGAAAAAGGGUGUAAUCCUUGUGUUUGGCCUAAGAGAAUUACAAAAUGACAUAUUUAUUUCUCUUAAUAAACAGACCUUAGAAAAUGGUUUUAUUUUAAAUAUUGUAGAAUCAUAAUGUUUUUCAAACUUGAAUAAUUUAUGCAAAUGACAUUCACAAAAUAAGUUGUGGUACAGUUCAGCAUAAAAGCAAGAAUUGGUGUAGCAAUAAGGCAUGCCUUUCUCUGUAACUAUGAGAUUGUUUUAUAUUUUAUACAUAGGUGUUAUGUCAGAGUACAGUUUCCUGUGCCUGAGAUAAUCUGUACAAAUAUUUAAAAUUUGUAGUUGCAAUAACAAAUUCAGAACUUCAUAGAUUAUAACACUUGGAUUAUCUUUGCCUUUUGCUAUAAAUACAAAGACAAAUUACUCUUAAAUAUUUUGAUGGCAUAAUGUGAAACUAUUUUUAAAUUAGGAAGGCAUGUUUAUUGCAUAUAUAACCCCAGAUCACUUUCUAGGUAACUGAGAAACCAUUGUAUCUCUGCAAAAGAAUCAGGCUAGUAAUCUAUCAAGUUACUCUAGUUCUGAAGAGCUCUUCAGCAUUUUAGAUCCACUCUGAAACUGUUACCUUGACAUACUGUAUUCAGUCAUAACCUUGUUAUGUUUCCAAAAUGAUGGGGAGACACUUAUCUUGAUAUGAUGAAGACAAACCAGUCUAAUGAUUCAUAUUUACUCUAAAGACAAACCAGUGCAAAUGUAAACUACUGCCUGUUAAAAAUGGGGGAAUAUAACAAGGGGAUGGUUCUGUUAUGGAGUGGGGUGGAGUCACUAUAAUUCUAUCCCAUCUUCUCUCUCUGCUAAAAAUGUCACACAUGAUUAUAUUCUAUAGUUCAGACAAGGUUUCACCUACAAUUUUACUGUGUAUCCAUCUAAUGCCCUCUAAAUGGAUUUUGCUCACAGCUUCCAGAACUCUUUCCAGCAUGGCUGGAAAUUUUGUCUGGGCUGUUGUCUCAAUGCUUAGGUGAACAUUAUGCUGAGGAAGGCUAACCUAAACUCUUCUUUACUAAAUAAAAUUUACUUUAAAAUUUAUAUAAGUAGAUGAAGAAAACCAAGUUUAAAAAUUCCUGCAGCUUAAUUUAUAAUGCCUUUUUAAGUUGCAUACUUAAGCACUAUUUUUUAGAAUGCUAUUAAUCAGAUAGGACUUAAACAUUUAGGAAUGGAAUGCAAAGUUUUCUGGUAAGGUUUAUUUCUCUUGGGGGAGAAAAGUCAGCCACGCAAAUUGAGUCAUACCAUAAAACCUGUAUGAAUCUUACCGUAGCUGCUUACAUCUUAUUCCAGGGAAAACAUUCAGCCAAGCUUCAUUCCGUGUGUUCAUGGAUACAGAGUGCACACCCUUAUUCCAGAUGUGCAAGGUUUCUCCUCAGUUUCUACCUGGUUUGCCAAUACUCUGCAAACCUAUUAGCAAAUAGGUGUUCGUUGAUUCGGUUACAUGACUUCCAUCUAAAACUAUUUACAUCUAAUCUAAAAGUGACACAUGAGGGUAGAAAGUUACGUCACCUAUUAUUAUUAUGUUUUGCUUCUGUUUUGGUAAUACCUUGCUGUAAAAUAACUAGAUCUUGUAUUGCUGACAUCAAGGAAAAGAAGUACCACUUCAGACGGUCACGCAGCAAUAACACUUUAAAAUUCUUUUCUAUUAUAAAGACUGAGCCUCUAACAGCAUAGGGCACUAGUGCAGACACAAAAGGAGGCUUGUAGAACUUAGUGUACAGUUACAAACUUUUAAUAUACAUAUUUGAUACAAAAAAAUUUAGCAAGAAAAUCAUUCGAUUGUAGAAUACAAUAUUUUUGUACAGCAUGAAGCAGUUACUUUAUCCUGUAGUAAAAAAGUCCUAUCAACUGUCUAGAGCUUUCUGUCUGUAAGGGCAAUUUGCCUUUGGGCUAGCAAUUCAAGUACGCAUUUGCUGGCAUGAAUGUAGUCUGAUGGACUGUUCUUUAGCUUUGGUGUGUCGGUGACUGAUUCCAAGUGUCUGACUUUUCAUAGUGCUUUAUACUUAGUGAUUAAACGCUGAACAAAAUGGUAAGGGGAAAGGAGGGGCUGAAAGUGAGCCAGGAUGAGGACCACCAGUACAGAUCCUGCUGUACAGUAAAUAGUUAUGACUGUGUUCUCAUAUGGAAGAAAGCACUUGUAGAGAGAGACAUCUGUUGAUGUUAUGCUGCCCUGAAAAAUGGAAGCAACAGUUUAGAAGGUCUGAAGCAAAUGGCUGUAGACAUCGAAGACUAUUAACGGGAGGGAAGCUGACUUCUUCUCAAAUUAGCAGUACAUUCAAUUGUUUAUGGGUCAAGAGAUGCAGAUAAAUCUGAACCUUCUAAUGUUGGUUAUUCUGCAGUUAAGCACUGAGCUGCCCUGUGAAAGUUCUGUGCCAUGUGAAAAAGUACCUGCCAGAAUACAACAGCUGUUUUUUGACUGGACAAGGGAGGACUCAUACAGUUAACAGCUUAAAACCCUUAAUUAUACUAAUGAUUGCUUUAUAAUUGGGGGAACCAAGGAUUUGAAAUUGCAUGAAAUAAAAUGUAACUAUUCUUACAGAAUUGGGCAGGGAGUGGGACAAUGGAUAAUCUAGCCCCACUGGUAAGCAUCUACAUGUCAAGAGUGCUAGAAACAUGAUAUUCUAGAUUAUUUGUUAAAUAAGGACUUUAAACAAAAUAAAGAGGUGAAAGUACGCUUCUCGAGAACAGUUUAAAAUCAUUAUUACCUAAAAUGAGGCAGAUUUUCAUCUAUGAAUUAAAAAUUACAAUAGAGCUAUAAUUGCUUUGCCUUUCCUGAAGCUCAAGAGGCUGAAAAAGUAAAGUUAGCAUAGACCUGGUUUUUGAAGAUAGAACCAUUUAAAACAUGGCUCAGAACCAGGAAAUUUUUUGUGCUCCAGGUUAAUCGAUUGAGAAUUGUAAUCUAGUGUACCCAAAGUAAGCAAACUGUGAAUUAGGUUCCUCUGAAUAGAAUUUUGCUGCCCUAUGAGAUAGUUUGCACGUUUGAAAGACAAAGAAUCACAGAGGGAAAAAGUGGUCUUGUGGAUAAAUCAGUCAAGCAAAAACAAGUCUCAAUACUGUUUGUUGCAGACUACUGAUGAUUGUUGCAGUCAGAUUGUUUACACUGCAUCCUCUAUAGACACAUACUAAAUAUGCUUGUAUUUAGAAUUGUAGACCAUAAACAUUACUUUGCACUCUACAAGCUAGAUGGCUCUACAAGCUUUAUAAAGUGGGUGCUUUGUAUUCAACUUAAGUGUACUUUCAGAGAGGAUGGAAGGAGCUGUUCUGUUUUGCUUUUUUUACAGGUAGCAUCAGUCUGAGAAAAUAGCUGAUUGCUAUGUUGAUUUAUAUGAUGAAAAAAUACCUGAUAAAAUAAACAAUAUUUAAAUUUA